AUGGGGCCGCCGCAGAGGCGGCAGCCGGAUCAGGCGCGGCCGGCGGGGAGCGCGUGCGUGUGGGUGGUGGCGGUGGUCCUCCUCCUCGCCGUGCUUGCCGGCGGCGGGUGCCUGGUGCUCUACGUCACGCUGCCCCCGGCCGAGGUGCCGCACUGGCUGCCGGCCGCCGGGCUCGCGCUCGUCGCGUUCCCGUGGGCGUUCUGGAUCGCCACGUGCGCGUACCGGUGCUGCUGCUCGGGUUCGGACGCGGCGGCGCCGCCCGUGGCGAGCAACGUGGAGCGGCAGGCGUCGUCGAGGAAGGCCGUGGCGCCGAUGCCGAGCAGCAAGAGCCUCAAGGGCGCCCGCAGCGCGAGGCACGCCGCCGACGGGGCGACGCCGGCCUCGAGGUCCCCCACCGCCAGCAGCGCCGCGCGCCGGGUGCGGUUCGGCGACACCACCGUGCUCGGGGAGGAGCACGCCGCCGCCGCCGCGGGGGACAAGGACGACGGCUCGUCGGUGCACUCCAACGAGAGCGAGGCGCCACUCGCCUACAACAUGCAGCCUUCGUCAUGA